AUGGCCCGUCCUAGGCGUACCAACUUCCGCCCCGAAUUCCUGGAUGAGAUGAUGAAGAUUGUGAAUGAUGGGAACCGGCUCAACCGUCGCGCCGUCCACACGCAACCGACUGCCAGGUCCGAGCCAGUUUUGCCAGGAGUCUGGAUCGAACCAGUGUCAAUUGCCCGCACUACUUCCGCGCCUUCUGAAGACAUGGCAGCCAGGGCCCGCCACGAGGUCGAAGAAGCCUUCCGGUUGCGCCUCCGCUCAAGACAUACACAGGGCCCAUUAAGUGCUGAAAACGAAGUCGUUGACAGCCGACUGAAAAGCAGGUGUCACGUGGUGGCUCCCGGCCAAGACCGCUUCAAAACAACAUCUUCGUCCUCCUCCGCACCACUCAGACUCCACAAUGACGGUUGCGCCGAGGUCUACGAGCGACGAAAAAUGCUACGUCAAAGCAAGGCGGCCAAACAUAUGGCGCUGAUCAGCAUCGGGAAUGCUAGCCUGUCGCUCCCAGAGUGUGCUGAAGUUCCGGAAGAUCUUGAGAAUGAUGUUUUCAUUGACGAGAAGCCUGAGGAAAAGGAGAACUUUGAGGAUGACCUCGAGAUCAUCGAGGAGCAGGAGAAGUUGGAGAGCGAGCAGGCGAUGACAAUGACGGUGCCGAAGCGUAGACGCUCUUUCCAAGAGAUUUGCGCCCGUGUCAUCGGAAUGCUGCGUCGUCGCGCCAGCUCACAUGGCCGCAAA